CCCGACGUGGAAGUGGUGUCCCGGGAGCACGCGGGUCACAUGAUCACAUGGACGGGGCCUGGCUUCGCCCGCGUGCGGGACGGGGCUGGCCUGUCCUUCCACAUCGACAACAUCCCCUACCCCAUGGAGUACGACAUCCUGAUCCGCUACGAGCCCGAGUCCACAGAGGACUGGGAGGCCAUCGUCAGCGUCAGUGCCCAGGCGUUGCCCACGAGCCCUCGCUGUGGGAACGUGCUGCCCUCGGAGCAGAGGUACAAGGAGAGCCUGCCGCACACCGCGAG